UUAUAAGGACAACUUCAGUGUAAUUGAGCCAGUAGAGUAUAUUUUGGAUCCAGAGAAGAAUUUUAGCUUUCAAUAUGUGCCUGUUCUUCAAUCCUUACUGCAAUUGUUGAAAAAUGAAGACAUUGUAAACAGGUUAUUGACUAAACAGACUACUUCAGACGACUCACGGUUUGCAUCCUUCCGUGAUGGUAAAUAAUUCAAGCUAAAUGAAUUUCAUGCUAAUGAGGAGUUCAGUAUUUCCCUUAUACUGUAUGCAGAUGAUUUUGAAAUCUGCAAUCCCCUUGGAACUUCACGGAAAAAACAUAAAGUCACAGCAGUUUACUGGGCACUAGCCAAUACACCACCUGAACUGAGAUCACAGUUAACAUCAAUUCAUUUAGCUCUCCUUUGUAAAGCAAAUCAUAUAAAACAUUUUGGCUAUGAAACUGUUCUUGAGCCUCUUUUGAAGGAUCUCAUAACAUUGGAGAGAGAAGGAGUUUUUUUGCCUCAGGUUGGCAAAAAUAUCAGAGGUACUGUUUUUUGCGUUUCAGCAGACAAUCUUGGUGCGCAUUCUUUAAGUGGACUUGUAGAAAACUUUAGUGGACAUUAUAUCUGUAGGUUUUGUAUUGGCGACCGUUCUGACUAUCAGCAAAAAGAAGUACAUUAAGGAGCUUUUCCAUUAAGAACAAAAGAGAACUAUGAUUUACAUGUUCAGUCUGUAAAGAUAAAUCCUGCUUUGGUACACUGUUGUGGUGUGAAGAAAAGUUGUCCCAUCACAGAGAAAUUAAGUCAUUUCCAUUUUGUAACCGGGUACCCACCAGACCUUCUACAUGACCUUUUUGAAGGAAUAAUUCCUUUGGAACUGGCACUGUGUCUUAAUGUGUGCAUCCACAAGAAGUACUUCACCUUGACAGAACUUAACAAGUCCAUCACACAAUUUCCAUACAAAUUUACUGAUAAAACGGAUCACCCCGGACCUAUCCCAGUGAAUUUUGCCUCUCGUAAAAGUAUUGGUGGGAACGCCAGUGAAAACUGGACAUUGUUAAGAUUAUUAUCAUUUAUUAUUGGUGCAACUGUACCACUGAAUGAUCCAGCAUGGCACGUUCUUAUGAUUUUAAAAGAUUUAACUGAGCUUGUAGUAGCCCCCAUUCAUACUGAGGAAAGUCUUUGCUACCUAGACACGCUGAUAUCAGAACAUCGUCACAGGCUGUUGGAAGUUUUCCCAGAUCAAAAAUUGAUUCCAAAGCACCAUUUUUUGGAGCAUUAUCCUGAUUUGAUAAGAGGGUAUGGUCCUUUGGUUAGCCUCUGGACUAUGCGAUUUGAGGCUAAACAUAGCUUCUUUAAGCAAGUUAUUAGACACACAAAGAGCUUCAGAAAUGUAUUGAUGUCACUUGCCUCAAAGCACCAAAUGAUGAUGGCAUACAUUUCACAAGGAAAUGCUUUGAAACCUGCAGUGUGUGUCACAAAAAUAUCAUCUCUUCCAUUAGACAUACUUGAUACAGGAAUACAGCAGUCUUUCAAGGCAGUUUAUCCAACACAAACCUCUGUGAAUUUGACCAAUGUGGCCAUACUCCAUGGAACUAAAUAUGCUGCUGGGAUGGUUUUGCCUUAUGGGUCAACUGGUGGUAUAUCUGAUUUUGUUAUGAUUUCACAGAUUGUUAUUGUCGAUGGCAGUGUCAGUUUCAUUGUGAAAAUGCUUAACAGCUGGUAUGAUGAACAUUUUAGGGCAUUUAUGUUAGACCACUCUGGGAAAAUGACCCUGGUACAGCAGAGUGAACUUGGGGACACAUAUCCCUUGACAGCAUAUUUUGUGGAAGGAAAACUCAUGGUGACAUUGAAACGUCACAUUAUUUGCCAGUGUUAGGUGAUGAGUUUGACUCUUUAAUGUCUAACACCUUACUUCCUUCCUUCAGAGAAAUUUCUUUCUCUUUCUGUCAAGAUGGAUUUCGUUGCAUUGAAGGUUAUUAUAGAACACCGGAGUGAGAAGCUUACACUGUCCUCAGGAAUACCCAGCACUGUAGAACAGUUACAUGAGACAGUAAAGGAGACAUUUGGACUCAUUGAGGAUUUUACCCUGCAUUACCUGGAUGAGGACUUUGGUGAUUACUUCACUCUGCAUUCUACCAACCAGAUUAAACACAAGGGGACAAUCAAAGUGGUGAUGAUUCCAUCGGUAGUUCUUACAUUGACUGCUUUGACUGAAAACCAGACAGAUAUAAUGAAUGACAGUUUAAGCUCUGCUACUGAUGCAACGCCAGAUUCCCAGACAGAUGCCUCAUCAGUGUCUUCACAAGACAUCCUAUCCCCACGUAGAAGCCCUCAGACGACAACAUGGCCAAAUCAAAUCAUCAUUCCACUUUUCUCUGUGGCAACAGAGACAGUACGGAUGAAUGCCAAUGAAGAGUUUGUCAAAGAUCGUACUGUGCUGAACAAUUCUCGGAUCCGAUCUGAAAUCAUGGAAAAAUUAGCUGACUACAUGUACAGCUACACACCCUACCCCACAGGCCUUCAGCUAGGUGAGGUGGCAGAGGCUUUAGUCAGAAAGCAUCCAUGCCUGACAGAGCUAGGCAGUCGUAAUGGCUGGCUUGGAUGGAUGUACAGUCUUAAAUACAAGAUGGGAAAUUACAGGUCGAAGCUCCGAAGCCUUGGAUUUCCUGAGGUUGUCUGCAACUCACUUAAGAACAAGCACCCGGAUGACAGGUCUGCUGCAAAGAAUAUAAAGAAAGCACGGAAAGGAGAAGUGGUGUUUCUCCCACACUAUCCUGCGGGAGACAGUAAGGAACAACAAGAGCUGGACCGAAACCAACUAAUCACUGAAUCAAAGAAGAGAGAGAGCACAGUCGUCAAGGACUUGAUGUGCAGAACCUUUGCACAUAGGAGACAUGAGGUUGUCACCCUACAGAUGAGCAUCAGUGACAUCAAGGACAGAUGGCCCGCCUUGUUUGAUGUCUCGCAAGUGAGUAAUUGGAAUUGUUGUUACAGAGUGGUCAACACAUAUUGUGGACUGAACCUGCAUGUUUCACAGUUACACACUCAUUAGUUAGACCUGUGUCAUCUAAUGCAAUCAAAUACAACAGCUCUGCCACAUAUACAUUUUCAGUUUUUGUUGACAUUGUCAGAAAAGUGAUUAUUAUACUUUGUUUAUUAUUGAGGUUGUAGUGGGUGGUGCUGGAGUGCAAUACAUUGAAAAGUGUUCCUAAUAUUUUGUCCCCCUCAACGUAUGUUAAUGGAUGGACAAAAGUAUAAGGACACCGCUCAAUAUUAUGCACUCCAAUAAACAUCAUCCACAAUGUCCUCAAUGAUAAACAAAGUAUAAUAACCACCUUUUUGACAAUCUCAACAAAAACUGAAAAUGUAUGUGUGGCAGAGCUGUUGUAUUUGAUUGCAUUAGAUUGCACAGGUGUACCUAAUCAAGUGGUUGGUGACUGUACAUCCUAUUAAAAAUGAUAAUGGAACAGUCUUGCAUCCUAUUCAUCUCAGUAUGGACUUACGUGUUUGCUGAAUGACAACAGAUGAGUCACCAGUUCUUUUUUUUCUUUUCUCAUCUCUCUCUUUCAGGUUAGCGCAGAGUUUCAGAGGAUCACCACACUGAAUCUUGAGCCAAAAUUCAUGGCAAUGUUGGACUUCUAUACACCUAAACUGCUGUCCUUGUUUCAAACGAAGAAAGGUGCUGCAGGAGAGAGACAUCGGGCACAAAUGAGUGUUCUACUUAAGAGUGGAAUCCCCAUUCAACAGACCCGUGAGGUUGUCAUCCGAUGUCUCAUCAAUCAUUUGGGAGAAGAUGCCAGUGCCUUGUUCAAGGACUUUGAGGAUGCUGCUGAUGGAUCUGCCAGUGUUCAAGAGGAGUUGGCAGAAGAGGUCAUGAAGAUUUACCUGCUGCGGAAACAAGAUGGGUCAUCGGAUGUUGGGAUUGUCAUUGAGGGCAACACUGUCCUCAGCAGUCUUGGAGAUGUUAGCAGGGCCUGCUGCUAUCUCUUGGGACUGAUGUACGUGUUAAAUCUGCAAUACCCCAAGAACCUCAAACAUAGUUUUGAGGUAUUCCAGAAAGUACUGCUGGAGCUGGAUUCUGGAAACCUUUCCAACAAGGUUCAGAGACUAAAGAAUUACCUCUGUAUGUAGCGACUGGCUACUGUUCAGCAAGAUGCUCUCUUAGUGAGGGAUUUUUUCAUUGGCAAGUCUGAAGUUUAGCUGAUGUACUGUUGUCUUAAUGUUUACAUAAGACUUAAGGUUUCCAUUCAUAGUGAAAUUGCAUGUUGGACUGUUCUUGUUUUCUGAUGUGGAACUUUAAUGUGAAAUAUCACUGUUUUUGGUGCAUUUCUGGAGGAUGCAAAAUGUUGUCCUUGGUGCAUUUUAGACAUGCUUAAUGUCAUUCUUCUGUUCAGACCAACCAGACCAGUCACACCCCCUGAGGGACUCAUUAUGGCUCCUGGUCACCGCCUGGUAGAGAGUUCAGUUAAAGCAACAAAAAGAAAACAGAGAUACAUAUGGAGGAUGUAGCUAUUUGUCUUUAGACCCAGGAAGUGAAACAUAAAGACAAGAAAGACUAGUAUAAGUAUAUUCAUGUAAAGAUGCUUUAAAAGAGUUUUGAUUGGUUUGGCAAUGCACUUUGACUGUUGGAACUUGCAACUCAAUUAGCUGAAUGUAAUUAUAGUUAUUGUAUAACAUGGUAGACAUUUAUUCAUUCUUGGUGCAUUCAGCCUGAUGCUCACAUGGACACUGUCACAUGCUCAGAUGUGACAGUAAAACCAUGUUAAAAGAAACUAGAUAAUAUACCAUGAGUUGUAAUGCCAGUUGAGAUUUCCUGGUUGAGACCCCUUAUUAAGAGUUCAACUGUUUUUAUAGCAUGGACAUUUUAACAUGUCAUUUGCAAAGAUAAACUGUUGGAUUUAAACUUCAUGGACAUUUUAACAUGUCAUUUGCAAAGAUAAACUGUUGGAUUUAAACUUGAUUAGAUUAGAUUAGAUUCAACUGAGGGGGUCUCAACCUGGAAAUCUCAACUGGCAUUACAACUCAUGGUAUAUUAUCUAGUUUCUUUUAACAUGGUUUAUUCUCGCCAGUGAGCAUGUGACAGUGUCCAUGUGAGCAUCACGCUGAAUGAACCAAGAAUUAAUAAAUGUCUACCAUGUUAUACAAUAACUAUAAUUACAUUCAGCUAAUUGAGUUUGGAUUUAAACUUGAUGAUUUAUAAUUGUCAAAACAGACAAAUAAAUGUUUACUU